GAUAGUGAGGCCGGGGGGGACACCAUUCCUUAUGGGCUUGUGGGGUAUCUACCACCUCUGAGGGAGUUUCAGAGUACUGCCUCAUCCUGAGGGGAGUUGUGCUGGCAGCAGGGGACACAUGGCUCUGGCUCCUCUGGGUCCCACCUCACCCCUCCUCCUCCCCAGUGCCCCCUGGAAGUGGAAUUUGGAGAGAGGUGAAGAGUGCCCAGAUUGGGGCCCCCCUGCGCUGUCCCAGCCCUGCCCGGGCACUGCUGAUGCCACCUGGCCACACUCCGCACUGGUCCAGUGCUCCCAGUGCCAUGUAGGGUGGGGCCGCUUUGGGGAGCCCCCCAGGGCACAGCACAGCUGCUUUGGGGCUGUUGGCACCGCCCAGCUCUGGGCAUGGGGAGAGUGGGGACAACUGGGGCCAUACUGGUGGCACUGGUGGUGCUCGGAGCUCCCCCAGCUGAGGGGUAAUGGGUGACAUAGAGGGGGGGUUUGGGACCCCAAAUUGAGCAAAAAGCGGAAUGGGACCCCCAAACUGACCAGGAGGGGCCUGGAACCCCCAAAACAAAGCAUAGAGAAGGGGGUUGGGGAUUGAGGGGAUGGUGGGGAAGGGGUGGAACAGCGGAGGAAGAGAGGGGUAUGGGACACCCAAAUUGAGUUGGGAGGUGUGUGUGGAUUGAGGGAACACUGAGAAAGGAGAGGAGAGGGAAGGGAAGGGUGUUUCCAUGGGGGUCCAGCCCUGUCCCCCAGCACUUGAUCCCUGGAGUGAUUUCCUGGGGCUCUAAGAAGAGGUGGACAUGGAUCUCCACUGGGGGGGGAGAUCCAUGUCCAGGGAUCCAUGUCCAGGGAUCCCAAGCCCCCUGGCCGUCCCUGGGGGCUGAUCAGGGGGCUCUCCCCACCCAGCAGCUGGUGCUGUGGCAGCCAUGCAGCAGAAGAGGAUGGGAGUGGAAGAGAAGUGGGAGGAAGAGAAGGGAGAGGAGGAGCAGGAGCUGGAGAACCACAAGGUUCCACCACCCACCCUCUGUGUCUGCAACACCCCAGCCCUGGUAGCAUUUCCCCCCUGCGCCUCAACGUGCAGGUGACUGGGGAGGGGAACCUCACCCCAAAUGUAUCCGGGGUCACCAGGAGCUGUUUAUUUUGGAGGGGUGUUUGGAGCUUGUAGAUUCUGGAAUUGAGCCCCAAGUAUCUUUGCUCAUUCUUGGGAGGGAUAUUGUGGGCCAGAGGGGAUAUCUGGAUUUUGCAGGUGAGGAGGAAGUCAGUGCCCCUUUCCCCCUCUCUCCUGCUCCAUCUCCCAGCCCAGCAUGGCCCUGGCUGCAGGACAACCCCACUGGUGACCCUGGGGGAUGCACUGGGGGGAUCUCCUUGCCUUUCCCAGUGGCACAGAGGCAAAUCCCAUCCUGUCCUUGUCCUUCCUCCCCCCAGACAAGGAGCUGAGGAGGGAGACCAGGGAGGACAAAUCCCCAUGGCAGAACCUCAUGGAAGAGGCUGUUUUGAGUGGCUCCACGGCACAGGAAUCCAACAGGGAUGAAAAGCCCUGGAGAUCCCGCACAAGGAGGGGCUGCAAACAUAGCCCAGGGUGUUCUGAGGAAGAAAGACCCACCCUGGGUCAGGAAGGUAGCUGGAGAUCCAGCCAGAGGUCCAGCCUGGUGGUUCAUGAGCAGCAUCAAAGCAGGGAGAAGCCCUACACAUGUGGUGAGUGUGGGAGGAGCUGCAGAGACAGCUCCGAACUGAUCUGCCACCGGAGGAUCCACAAUGGGGAGAGGCCUUACGAGUGCUUGGAAUGUGGGAAGAGCUUCAGCCAGAGGUCCAGCCUGACUGCCUGCCAGAGGUUGCACACUGGGGAGAAGCCCUACGAGUGUGGGGAGUGUGGGAAGAGCUUCAGACAGAGCUCCCACCUGAUUUGCCAUCAGCGGAUCCACACUGGGGAGAGGCCCUAUGAGUGUCUUGAUUGUGGGAAGAGGUUUCAGACCAGCUCCAAUCUCCUUCUGCACCAGCACUGUGGGAAGGGCUUCAACCUCAACUCCACCCUUGUUAGGUACAGGCGCAUCCACACUAGAGAGAGGCCAUAUGAGUGUCCCCAGUGUGGGAAGAGCUUCACCCAGAGCUCCAGCUUUACCAGACACCAACGAAGGCACCAGUAAGGGAAGCCCUGCGAGUGCCCCAAGUGUAGGAAGAGCUACAUCUGUGUUUCCAAUUUCAUCCUUGGUCAGAGGACCCACACUGGGAAGAGCCCUGGUGACCCACAUUCCCUGUGAUCCACAUUGGGAAGACACCUGUCCC